GUCAGUGGGUGAGAGCAAAGAUCCUCGGCUGAGAGACAGAGCUCCUCUUCUUCAUGCAGCAGCACAUGAUGUGAAGCUUCUUCACUUUCCUGUGACAUUUUCUUAUCCUUUGUUUUACUGUAGGACUUUUUUUGGGGGGAUGGCAGAGAUGCCGGUGCAAAUCCCGGAUGACUCUGACUUCUCUUCAUUCAGAGAUCAGUGUCUGAGCACAGACGGAUGGAUCAGCCGCUACAGCAAAGGUGGUGUGACGGUGUGGUGCCGGGAGGAGGAGAGCAAGGCAGUCCAGAAGCUCAAGAUGAGGAUCGUGUGUAAAGACGUGACUGCAGAGACGCUUUACGACGUCCUCCAUGACACCAGCUACCGCAGGAAGUGGGACACCAACAUGAUCGACACGUACGACAUUGGCCGACUGACCGUCAACGCAGACGUUGGAUAUUACUCAUGGAGAUGUCCGACUCCUCUGAAGAACAGAGACUUUGUAACGAUGAGAUCUUGGCUUCCUCUCGGCAGCGACUACUUGAUCAUCAACUACUCCGUCAAACACCCGCAACAUCCUCCAAAGAAGGACUAUGUCCGAGCCGUGUCCCUGCUGACCGGAUACCUGAUCCAGUCCAACGGCGCCACCAGCUCCACCCUCUACUACCUGACCCAGAUGGAUCCCAGAGGCUCUUUACCGAAGUGGGUGGUGAACAGAGUCUCUCAGUUCGUGGCUCCGAAGGCCAUGAGGAAGAUCUACAAGGCGUCUGUGAAGUAUCCGGAGUGGAAGCGGAAGCACAACCCGGCGCUGAAGCCCUGGAUGUUCCCGGAGCAGAGCACGCUGCCGUGCGUGCGCGUGUCCGAGCUCGCGCUGCAGCGCGCCGACUCGCUGGACAACAUCGACGAGAGCAGCGUGCACGAGGGGAAGACACCCAGCGAGGACGAGGACACCUGACGGACUCACAACGGACUCACAACCGGCUGCUGUUUGUGUGUUGCUUUGUUUGACCAGAUAAACGGUUUG